CCUCUCUCUCCCCCCCUCCCCUCUCUCUAAACUCUCUCCUCCCCUCUUGAUCCCUUGGGAUGGGCAACCAUAGGUUUAGGCUACAAGAGAUGAUGCCCAAUGCUUGGUUCUACAAGCUGAGGGAGAUGAACAAGCCUAUGAUCAAUAGAAAACCAUGUACGAGCCCAUCAACCCAAACCCCUACCAAGAAAACCCACCCCCAGCCCUCCCCUACCCAACUCAUCCCGAGCAGAGCCUCCUACUACUUCCCCUCAAACUCCCCCCUCCACCCUAGAGCCCUAGACACCCACUUCCCCUUAGACUCACCAAGAAAAUCCAUCCAAAAACCCCGAAAAAAGCCCAUAAGCCCAAUCCCAGUCCCGAGCCCAACCGACAUCGUUUUCGAGCUCCCUCCCAUUAUAACAACACCGCUGCCAAAGCCUAGAGAAGAAGAAGAAGAAGAAGAAGUGAAGGAGAAGAAGAAGAAGAAGAAGGAGAAGAAGUCGUCGUCGCUGCGUACGCGUGUUAAUUCUCCGAGGGUCUCGAUGGCCAAGAGAGUGAGGAUUGCCGAGCAGAAGAGCAGGCAGAGGAAAGGGUCGGUUUCGGAGAGCUUCGCGGUGAUGAAGAACUCGUCGGACCCGAAGCGGGAUUUUCGAGAGUCGAUGAUGGAGAUGAUCGUCGAGAACAACCUGAAGGCGUCGAGGGAUCUUGAGGAGCUUCUUGCAUGCUACUUGUCCUUGAACUCUAAUGAGUAUCAUGAUGUGAUCGUCAAGGCUUUUGAGGAGAUUUGGUUUGAUGUAAUUAGUGUUAGUUUUUAAACAAGUUUAGGAUUAAUAUGUCUCUCAAGUAGCUAGUUUUCAGUGUAUAAUUAUAAAUAUCAAAGUUUUAUUUAUCA